UAAUAUAAUUUAUCUUCUGUGUAAACGGAAGUAAAUUACGAAGAACAAUUUCCACGUUAGCGUGUUUAUUGUUGCUAUUAAGACGUUUAUUAACACCAUGGCACUUAAAAUGAUUAAUUUAACAGCACAGAAUCACAUACUUACCCUAUGUAGUCUUUAAUACACGUUGGAGACAGGAAUUGGUGAUAACUAUUUAAUGCUAGCUGCUAACGUUAGCAAACAAUGGCUGACGGUAUGGUUUUUCACACUCAAAUAGCCUCCAUCAUGGAGGUUCUAGCGAAUGCAGCCGUGUCAGAGAUCUGUAAACUCGUAGACGACGACUAUGCAGUGUUUCGUUUGGAAAUAACUCAAACCCAGAAAGAAAACAGGGCAUUGCGGAGGAAACUACAGCUAUUUGAACUGAAGAUGGCACGGGAGCGCGUCCUAGCCAGUCGUCCCAAUAGUGUCAAGAUUCUCGACCGGUACAGAGCAAUGGCUAGAGGUGAAGGACAUUUCACUAAAGGCCACAGGAGCUUUGUGAAGCCAGGGGGACACAAUACAUGGGGAGAUGACCAACCAAUCACUGUUGAUGAGGGGAGUGGAACCACAACCCAGCACAUUAUCGAGAUAGAGUCUGCAGAUGCAGGUCCUGGGGUCAAGCAGGAGAGGUCUGAAGGAGAGGAGGACCCACGUCACAGCAGAGUCAUCCAGACUAGAGCGGCUGAAGUGCACUCUGUAGCCACGGAGGACCCCGCCACAGUGCAGCCCAGGACACAACGCAGUGUCACGGAGGUCAGAGACAGACACGAGUCAGAGACAGACACAGAGACUUUAACUGUAACACAAAGGCUUUUACACACAGGAUCUGACCACAGAUCAGACCCAGAGCGACUGGGGCCACUGGGCUGUCCUCCUGCUCCCGGUUCCGAGUAUUUACUUUACGGUAACCCAAGCAUGAGGGCUGUUAAUUCCCAUCCAGACUCAGGUGACGCAUCAGAGAUUGGCAAUGAUCCGUCUUGUUCUUACGCUACAGAGAUGGACCCUGGCAACAUGCGUUUGGGUUUAGAGACACACACUGAUCUGUCUAGAGGGAACUGGAACCGGUACAGUAGUAGUGUAUACUCUGAAGGGUGCCUAGAUGACAAAGGGGAGGGUCUGGUUGUAGAGGAAGUGACUGUGAAAGUGGAGGGCGAUGAUCCUCCCACAUGGAAUGCAGAUAGUCACCUAGGAGACGGACACUCACAGGGCGGAGAUUUCUUAGAUUACAGGGGAAGCUUAGAGACAAAUCAAAAUGUUGCGACCCACUCCCCUUUACACACACUCAGGGAUCACGACCCAGUGUCCACGUCGAUGGGGCCUUCCGAUUCACACGGCCGCGUUCUUUUCGAUCAGGUAUUGAAAUCAAACGACAGGGCUAGAGCCCAGGCUCAGGGAGAGGGAGAAACAUUAGGCGGUAGUAAAGAGAAACGGUUCCUCUGCAGGUUCUGUAACAAAGGCUUCAGCUGCCCCCAGAAGGUGGAGAUCCACCAGAGGGUCCACACAGGGGUGAAACCCUUCAGCUGUACCCAGUGUCACAUGUGUUUCGCCCAGGCUGGCAACCUGAAGAGGCACCAGAGGGUCCACACAGGAGUGAAACCCUUCAGCUGUACCCAGUGUCCCAUGUGCUUUGCCCAGGCUGGUGACCUGAAGAGGCACCAGAGGGUCCACACAGGGGAAAAACCCUACAGCUGUACCCAGUGUCCCAUGCGCUUCGCCCAGGCUGGUCACCUGAAGAUGCACCUGAAGGUCCACACGGGAGAAAGGCCAUUUGCCUGUACGCACUGCGGGAAGAGGUUUUCAGAGAGGAGCUACCUCAGGAUACACCAGCAGAAAAAACAUUCCACUCUAUAAAAUAUAAAGUUACCAUUCCAAUCGAUAGCUUCUGAUGUUUAGAUCCUACCCUUCAUUAAAGACAAAGAUUAAUUGUCAUUGUUGUCAACCGAAAAGACCCACAGGUGCAUUUGGAAUAAUGAGAGUAACAGAUUUCAGUGUUUAAUAUACCUGAGUAGAAUAUUGCAUCCAGACAUUGUGAUACAUUGUAUAAUACUGUAUGAUAUACUGUAUAACCCUAAAAAAAAGUCUGUUACAUAGUGUUUGUACUGUGUAGGAUAUGAUGUUCACAAAUGCCUGUUUCAUUACUUCCAUUAAACUACUAUUUUUUUCCCCCAAGACACUUGUAAUGAGAAAACGAAUGCAGUUUUUUCACUUCAUGCAGAGGUUUAGUUGAGAUGUGUAUGUGUGGUUUUCAUAUGGUGUAUUUAACGACUUCCUCCCGGGAUUGAACUUUUUCUGUUGUAAAGUGAUAUCCCAAGUAUAAAUACAAGUCUAAAUUUAAAAAAAUGUUUUGAGCAAAAGUUUUUUGGAACACAACUGCAAACUUCAAGGAGUAGGGCAUUCAAGGAGUUGGUUUGAUAGGAAGUUGCGAUACCAUCUGCCUUGUGUACAAAAGAGGAAAGCCCACCCACUUGUGCCAUGUCCUGGACCACCUAUUGAGAUGUGCCUUUUAAGUAAAUCCACUGUUAAAUGAGGUGAAAAGGAGACUGGAUUGCCACCUUAACACUUGUUCAUGUUUAAUAAACACAAAAUUAGACUUUUCA